GAUGAUUAGUAUUGUCGAACGGAAUUCGAGUACUGAUUGCGGUAAAAGCAUCGUUACGGUAGCUGUUAGUUCAAGUUAAAGACUCGCAGGAAUAUCAUGGAGAACGACACCCGCAGCAAAGAUUCUCAAAGCUCAAUGUGGUCUGUACAAAAGGGUACGACCACGAUGUUCAUCGCUGAAGUGCUGGGCACUGCGAUACUUUUGUUUAUUGGUUGCAUGGGUUCUUUAGGAACGAUGGGACCGAUAUUGCCACCGCCAUUACAGACCUCCAUGGCGUUCGGUAUGACUGUCAACCUUUUGAUUAUGAUGUUAGGACAUAUAAGCGGUGCGCAUUUAAAUCCUGCUGUCACCAUUGGGGCAGUUAUUCUUGGAAUUAAAACCAUUCCAACGGGUAUUCUCUACGCAAUAGCACAAUUCAUUGGAGCUACUAUCGGAUAUGGAUUACUAAUGACAAUAACUCCGCCCGAGUUGUUCAAUGAUGGAUAUUCAAAUUCGUCGGUGGGCCAUUGCGUAACAGUCGUUCAUCCUGGAAUCAACACCACGCAAGCCAUUUUAAUCGAAAUUCUUUGUACGUCGUUCAUACUUUGCGCAGCGUGCGCUACUUGGGACCCAAGGUGCGCUCAUACAACAGAUUCGACGGCGAUCCGAUUUGGCUUCUCUGUUGUUGGCAUUUCACUCGCGGCGAGUCCUUACACUGGUUGUAGUAUGAAUCCUGCGCGUACUUUCGGCCCAGCUUUUUGGAAUGGGAACUGGACGGAUCAAUGGAUUUACUGGUUCGGACCGACUGCAGGCGCUUUCCUUGGAACGUAUACAUAUGUGUAUCUGUUUGCGGAGAAAAAAGCGGACGUACAGGACUUACAAGCUCAUCUUAGGUAUAUAGAAAUGAAGUCAAUUAAAGCAUCGUUGCAAGACAUAAAUUCCAAAGAAGGAAGAAAUGUUAAGGAAGAAAAUCUCGAAUUAGUAAAGGGCGAGGAAGCUGCUUGAUAACUGUUAAGGUACGAUUAUUCAUUAUCGACCGUUAGCAACAGUCUUCCAUAAUAUCUAAAGUAGUUCAAUAACGCCACCACGGGUGUCGCCGCACGUCACAGUAUGGCGUGCACUGUAUUUCCAUCAACAUAUAUUGCAUUUAUCUCGUAUAUAUAUACAGUAUUUAUCUCGUCUUGUAUUAUUUCAACAAAAUUGACAUCACUUAUACUACUUAUUUACUAUUUAACAGUAUAAGUGUGAUUUAUAGAUUAAUUAUUUUAUGGUUAUGUAGCUGUAGGAUGUAUAAAUAAUGUAACGAUUUCUUUAAUUCAAAUUAUUUAAUAUUCCCGGAUGACACGAGAGUAACUUGUGCUAGUAGGGAAAAUGAUAAGUGUUUAAGUGAUGUAACAAUUCUCAAUAUGUCUAAUUUAAAGAUUCACAUAUUUAUAUACAAAAAAUAUAUUUGUUCAUUAAAACAUCGAAAUGAGACGUAAUUUCUUCUAAGUAGGUACAUACAGUAUUUAGAGUGUCAGAGUAUCUUCCAAGUAUUUUUGACUCAUACAGUUCAUACGGUUUCUAUUUAGGGCUAUUCUAUUUUCUCAAGGAGCUCAGCAUUUUCCUCAAUGAUCUGCUUUAAUGAACCAAUCUAAUCAAUGUAUGUACACACUAGACAAAUAACUACUUUAAGAACGUAGUCAGGUGACGACGUGGAAAGGUUUAUUUCUGACAUGAAAAUUCUGCGCAGAUUCAUGUUCCACAAAUACGUCGUCACAAUUCGAAUCAAUAGGGCGGCUCUAGAAUUUUAAGCUCCAUUCACACUUGUGUUCUACGUCUUGGGGGUUAAAUUACUUACGGUAUAACAAAAUAUCUGCUUGCCAGAUGUGUAUUUUAUUUUCAAUUCAUAAAACGUUACCCGUCCUGCGUAAAUUCAAUUGUUAAGUUUGCAAUAUUUAAAGUCAUAAAAUUUCUUAGAAUUGGAAGCAUCAUUACUUUUUUAUUUUUUUAUUAAAGCAAAGUUGACGUGCAACGUGUCUCUGUAACCAUUUUAUCUAUGUAUAAAAGAUAUUGUGCCAGUCUAGAUAAAAAUGGAAACGUAAUGGAAACAAAUGUUUGUUUUUUCCGAGUUGCGUUUUAUUAUGUAGAGAUCAAUACGUGAAACAAGGUGACAAUUAUUGGGUAUAAACCUAUUAUUAGUUCUUCCACGCAACGAUUAAUACCUUUUUUCAUAAAAGAUACCAUCAGGAGCACUACUAAAUAACCACCAGUUAUAGACAUGCAAUUAUUUCACCAGAUUGAGGUGCAGUAUUAAUGAACGAAUCAAUUAUUUAAAGAGUUAAUUUUUACUUUAAAGUUCUUUGACAAUAAAUUUUAUCAACGACGUGUUUUUAUGUGCAUUGCCACCCUAUAUGUAAACGAUAUCGGAUUUCUAACCGCAACAUGUUGUAAAAACAAAGAGGAAACACAAAACAGGGAGAUAGCUUUCAGGUUAUAGUAGCCGCAGCAGAAUAUGUAUUAAUCGUAUUUCGGUCUGACUGUGCGUAUCUGCGUAAGCUAUAAUUAAGGAAACCUCCCACAUAUUUCGACAUAGCUUUACGCGUAAUAUAUUUCCAAACAGUUCAUAAGAAUUUUACUUUUCGAGAUCAGGGCUAAUUGCGCGUUUAAACGUUGUUCUACUCGUCCAAAAGGGACGACCUAAGAGUACGUGAUCAAAAGCACUUCAUUACAAGUACUCUGGUACAUUUAUUAUGCACAUAUAGAUGGACGUUUCUUUCUUUUUCUAUUUUUCUAUACACACGCGUGCGCGUAAUACACACACACACACAUGUGAGUUUUAUUCUAUAUAUAUAAAAUGAAACUCAACCGCUGCAACUAUCGAUUACCUGCUGCAUCCAUCCAUGGAACGUUCUGGAGACCGAGACUGGAGCAUUUGAAACACGUUGUUCCUGUUUUCAAUUGAUUCAUUUCUUCUAUUGUUAAUAGUAUUAUUUGUUUCUACAAAAAUAAAAUCCAAAAUCUCAAUGACAAAAACCAAAUUUUUCUCUUUCUUGAUAAGCGCGAUGUUAUAUAACAAAAUUGAAUCCCCAUAAUAUUUUCAAUCCUCAUUAUCGUUGCCAAUAUCAUGUAUAUAUGUAGUUGACGCGACGUUAAAACGUAUUAAAAGGAGAACUCGGUCGAUAAGAAGAUGGCUGCUGUUGCAUGCGACACAACGGUUGAUAAAACAACGUUUGAAUGUUGAACAUCCACAAUCAGCAAGGUGCACAAGCACUACGAACGUCACAAUGCAUUAAGUCAUACGAAGAUCAGUAUCGUUAACUAUGCGUUAGUUUUUAAAUAUACCCGACGACUCAGCGGUUGCAUAGAACGCUAUUAAAUUUAUAGUAUUCCAUACGAACAUCGUCCGACUACAUUAUACACACAUACAUGCGUAUAUGUAUAUAUCGAGUCGUUAAGCAGCUACGAAACCAUAUCAUUCCAGAAUGUUACGCAUUCGUGCACCUGAGAGAGCAAUGAAAACAUUAGGAGACACGCGGUCUGCAUCCAGCUGGAUACAUAUGUCGAUAGACAUAUUCCGGUUCUGUUCUUGCCCCUCCCGGUUGUGUGUGAAUUUAUCGCGAACAUCUGCUCAGCUUUAUGCUUUCGCUUCUAUGGCCAGGCUGCCUGGUAAUUUUCCUUUCAUCAUUCAACCCUUAAAAUUAUUCCAGUUUUCAUUAUUGUAUAUAUUACAUGUUUGAAAAGCUACACAAAAGGUUUUAUAUCGUAGGGAUCUUGGCCACGAUUCUUAUUCCCAUGAAUAAACUUGCAUCAGCUACGCGCCCUUCAAGCAAGAUACUACGCAUUAGGUCAGAAGACGCAUACGAAAAAUCGAUAGAGCUACAGCUGUCACGUGAAGCCUGUAUUGCGCAAUAAUACGCGCCCUUUGCAUAAGCGUCGUUGGUUUUGGAAGGUCAUUGUGACACGUGAUUGAGCAAAUGUGAUAAAAUUAACACGUGAUUAACGUGUCACGUUACUUUUCCUGCCAUGAUCAACCUCAUUAACCUCAGAAUGUUGACCUGUAUCACGCUAUACAUAUAUGCAGUUCGUGUGUGUUUGCAAACAUGAUGCUAUUUAUUGCGUGACAUGGGUCAGAGUUAUGAUCGUGCCUCCGAAUUAUCUUAAAGUAACGAGCUUCUUUAUCCUCCUUUUAUCUAGCUUUCUAUCCUACCGUAUCGAUGGAAUUCGUUUUUAGCAAACAUAUGUUUCGGGAUAACUACGCAGCUUUCAUGACGAAAUACGCCAUGUAAUCUGGCCGGGAUUUUGCUUCAUUAACUGACCAUUGCUCUCCCCACCUUGAGAGUGACUUUACAGAACGAACUUCUGGUAUUCGCGCUCAAUGGAGAAAAUAGAUACGUAAUAUUUUCUAGAAAUGUGUUUUUCGAAAAUUAAUCAUAUAAGAUCACUUGUUGUGUCCAGUUGCACUUCUGUACUGUGUCAUAGUUUACUGUCCCUUUGAUUAUUCAGUAGUAAUUCUGAUAAAGAUGUGUACCGAAUUGUUCAUUACCAUCUAUAGACUUAUGUACGAUAACAACGUCAUCUCACUCAUACUUGCAGAAGAACAAAAAUGCAAUCUUAUCUCGAGUUAUUAAAGGUAGCAGAAACAAGAGAAGCACUCAUGUAGAAGUAAAAUACUCGGUUUGCUUGUUGAAUGCAAGCUAACAUUGUAAGAGAUCGAAAAAUGUUUUCAAAGAUUCAAUGUUUGUAUUGUUAAAAUAAUUAACGACAAACGUGACGUGGCCUAUAAGCUUCUGAAAAAUCACGCGUAGUAAAUAGCAUCGUUAAAGACAACCUCAAACUGUCCUUGACUUCGGAAACUGCGUAGUGUUUCUAAGGAAUAGCCCUUUCCCCUUACGUUACGACGAAAACAAAUAGCCAAAUAAUACAAGGUUAGUCGUUCCUUGCUUCCAUCACGCACAUAAUCCAACCGCUCGAAGUGUAAAUAUAUAGGUAUGGAAGAAGGAAAUGUACGUUUGUGUGAGUGAGGCUAUGGUGGGGACCAGGUGGGAGAUUGUGCCAGAAAUCUCGUCGUUGCCUCCCCGAUCAAUACUCGGAUUUUGCUUGUUUUUUCCACAAAAAUCAGUUAAAUAGUGAUAACUGUGUCGUUGAAUGAUAGUUUAUGACACGAGGAACACGAUGAUAUGAGUGGCUGUUAAAUAAAUGAUGGAAUAAAUAUAGAAAUCAUGAGUUGAAAGAAAAUGCGCAUUAGGUGCCGGUUGCCGGCGUAACUUCUCGAACAUUCAGUACUGCGACGCCGCACGCCUAUAUAAGAGGGCCGGCCGGCUUGGCUCGGCGCAUUCGUAAAUAAACUUUCGUUCAGUUCGGACGCAGCGAACACCCGAAGACCCACCAACCAGUGAACAUACCUCUACUUCUUUUACGUGGUCCACGAGGCUGCUGACAACACGACGAGAAAAUGUAGACGAGACGGAUUCGGUGCGGAGCGCGACAGUUUACCUGAACCCUACGGGGUCGGUGCUUGAACAAUCCGUACGCAACCAUAAUCUGGUCAGAUUAGAGUUCGAAAUUUCCUCACACAUUUUGAACUAUUUGAGAAGAGCACCUCGAGAUACAGGCAUUAGUUUAGAGCAGACUCGUAGUUUGAGGUCGAGAAUAAAUCGUCGGCACCAUCUUGUCUAAACGAAUACUCUACUACAAGGGCACACGGAACGUUGGAAUUGAGAACAAAAAAUAAGUAUACAGAAUCAAAUAGAACGGGGAAAAGAUACAAAAACAAUAGAAAACAAAACAAAAGAAGGCUAGGAAGAGAACGGAUCAUUUUCCUAAAGUGCUCUAGCUUUGCGAAUCGAGAAGCGUCGGACGAGUCCUUCGCUCGGAUUCGCCACCGAGCUCUCCUCUUCGUCUCGUUACC